UUAACACAGCAAAGAAGACAAGAGUGAUGGAACAUAUCCAUAAACAGAGAACUCUUCCCAGCUACAAGCAUCAAUAAAUGCGGAGCGAGAUCAGAGAAGCCAAACUAGGUCCUAUUAAUAAAGUGUAUAAUACGAAGGCCUUGCUCCUUCACUCGUUCCUUUAUGCUGGGCAUGCACCGCAAGAGCAAGUAAUUCAAGGAAGUUUAACGGACAAAGUAAACUUACUAUCAAAAUCCUUGAGAGACACUACAAGGCGAGCAACUCUCACAAGAAGCAGCAUAAAGCCGGCCAGCUGAGAUCAAAGGAGACUUCCGUUGCAAUGGAAAUCGAUCAGCAGCAUCAGCCUGACAAAACAGACAGACAACAGUCCAUGUUUCCUCCACCACCACCACCACAGCUAAAUCGCUCCCUGAAACGCCUCCUGACCAUCACCAACUGUCUCCUCCUCUGCCUCGGAAACGCCAGCGGGCCCUUACUCCUGCGCAUCUAUUUCCUCCAUGGCGGCAAACGUCAGUGGCUUUCCGCUUGGCUAGAAACAGCCGGCUGGCCCCUUCUUCUCCUCCCCCUCUCCCUCUCCUUCUUCUACAGGCGUCGCUGCGACCCCUCCGCUCGAACCGUUCUCAUCACCCCUCGCCUCAUCAUCGCUUCUGCCUUCAUCGGCCUCCUCACGGGCGCCGACGAUUACCUCUACGCCUACGGCCUGGAUUUCCUCCCCGUAUCGACGUCAUCUGUUCUCAUCGCCACGCAGCUGGCUUUCACCGCGGUGUUCGCGUACUUCAUUGUGCGGCAGAGGUUCACGCCAUUUUCGAUUAACGCGGUGGCGUUAUUGACUGUGGGGGCGGCGGUGCUGGCGAUGCACGCGAGCAGUGAUAGGCCGGCUGGAGUGAGCGUGAGCGGGUAUUGGAAGGGUUUUGCGCUGACGCUUGGUGCGGCCGCGCUGUAUGGAUUUGUUUUGCCGAUGGUGGAGCUGACUUAUGCGAAGGCCCGGCAGCCGGUGACUUAUACGUUGGUUAUGGAGAUGCAGCUUGUUAUUGGUUUCUUCGCCACCGCAUUCGCAACCGUCGGCAUGAUCAUUAAUAAGGAUUUUCAGGCACUGUCAAGAGAAGCAGCCAAUUUCGGCUUGGGAGAGACGAAGUACUACUUGGUGCUUAUUUUUGCGGCCAUCUUAUGGCAAUGUUUCUUUCUUGGCGCAGUUGGCGUGAUCUCUUGUGUGAACACGCUGCUCGCCGGAAUUCUCAUCGCCGUCUUCAUCCCUGUGGUGGAAGUCUUGGCCGUUAUCUUCCUUCACGAGAACUUUAGCGUCGAGAAAGGCAUGGCUUUGGUUCUCUGUCUCUGGGGAUUGGCUUCUUAUUCUUAUGGAGAGUACCGAGAAGCCAAGGAGAAGAAGGAACGAGCUGUUUCUCAUCAGGUUCAAACUUCAACGGUUUGAUUAAUACGUGCGGUAUAUACAUAUAAAGUUAAAUAUAACUUGCUCUUAAUUUGCACUAUCGUCGAUAUAUCUGGUUAUAGUUUAUUUACUGAGAUUUUGUCUUUGACCAUCUUGAUCAGAUAAAGAGAAAUAUUUUGAUCCUCAAGUUAGAGGAGACUGUACGUAAUGAUAAAGGGAUUGCUUUUUAUGAUAAGAAAUUAUGUGAAGAUAAGUUGAUGCA